UUUCGCGGCUUUAGUUAAAAUACCGCCUCCAUUUAUAACAUUGUCGUUGUGAUCAGAGGUUUGUUUUCAAGUUUUUGGAUUGUUCGAACUCUGGACGUUUGUUUCACUGGUGAAGAGGUAAUCUUUCAGCGUGAUCUGCACUCAUCUUUUUAAGGACUCCGCCAAAGUCAAGAGCCUCAUGGCUGACAAACUCAAGAACCCCAUGAGGGAAAUUAAGGUGCAGAAGCUGGUUCUCAACAUAUCAGUUGGAGAGAGUGGAGAUCGGCUUACCAGAGCUGCAAAGGUUUUGGAACAGUUAAGUGGUCAAACUCCUGUCUUCUCCAAGGCUAGAUAUACUGUCAGGUCGUUUGGAAUCAGGCGCAAUGAAAAAAUAGCUUGCUAUGUUACGGUACGAGGAGAAAAAGCUAUGCAACUUUUGGAGAGUGGAUUGAAAGUGAAGGAGUAUGAAUUACUUAGAAGAAACUUCAGUGAUACAGGUUGUUUUGGUUUUGGAAUUCAGGAGCACAUUGAUUUGGGUAUCAAGUAUGAUCCUUCAACUGGUAUUUAUGGCAUGGACUUCUUUGUAGUCCUAGAACGCCCUGGUUACAGAAUUAGUAGAAGGAAGAGAGCUGUGUCCCGUGUUGGCAUUCAACAUAGGGUGACCAAGGACGAUUCUAUGAAGUGGUUCCAGAACAAAUAUGAGGGAGUGAUCCUUAACAAGUCGCAGAAUAUCACCGGUUAAAUGCCUAGUUGUGUUUAUUUUUUGCUGUGAGUACCCUUAGUUUCUGCGUAAUAUUUUUGACACUCAACAAAGGGUCUUUCUUUUCUGCCGAGAAGUUUUCUUAUUAAAGAAUUUUGGAAGAUCAUAACACUUUUAAGUAAGAGGAACCAUUUUCUUUUA